UGGCGGCGAGGAGACGGAGCAGAUGGACCACCACCACCCGCGGACACUUUUACGUGGUUUGGACCGAGCUCGGCGAACGUGUCGUCAUCCCAAACAACUUGGAGAAGGGAGGCAUUGUGGGGCAGGGCGAGUCCGCCAGGCCACGCAGAGAUGUAGCUUUACUUUCCACAAUGACCAUGCGGGUCCGAGGGCAUUUUGGAGAGUACUGCUGAAAGGUAACAUGGACCAACGAGCAGGGCACCUGUGCGCGGCUUUUCUGACGCUCACCCUGGUCGGUGUGUCCACCCAAAACAGCAUUAUCACCUGGUGCGCUGUGUCUGGCUCGGAGGAGCAGAAGUGUUUGGAUCUGGCCGGUAACGUGACGGCACAGAACAUCCGCGGCAAACUGCUGUGUGUGCGGGGUGAGAGUCCCACGGACUGCAUGCAGAGAAUUAAGAACGGCACGGCAGAUGCAGCCUCCAUGUAUCCGGAUGAGAUUUACACUGCGGGCGUUUGCUAUGGGUUAGACGUGGCCGUAGGAGAAUCGCACAACGGAGUGGAUGGCAUUAAUUACUACGUGGUGGCCUUGGCGAGGAAGUCGUCCGGAGACCUGUCACUGCUGGAGAUGCACGAGAGGAGUUCUUGCCACCCAGGGAUUCGGACCACGGUGGGCUGGACCGUCCCCAUCGGCUUCUUGGUCAACACGUCGCAGAUCAGCGUGGAUCAGCAAUGCAACUUCCCCCACGCCGUAGGGGAUUUCUUCGGCUACAGCUGCGUACCAGGCGCCAAGGACCCGGAGCACGACCCCAAAGGCAACAACCCCAGGAACCUGUGCGAGGCCUGCAUAGGUGACGAGAAUGACCGGCACAUCUGUGUCAACAACCCUCGCGAGCGUCACUACGGCGAGGCAGGAGCUCUCAGGUGUGUGGCUGAGAACCUUGGGGACGUGGCCUUCGUGAAGCAUACCACCAUCUUCGAAAAUAUGAACGGUAAGAACCAGGAGUCAUGGGCCCUGGACUUGGAGCUGGAGGACCUGAUGAUGCUGUGCCCAGAUGGAGGCACCUCCCCACCCUCCCAGCACGAGCACUGCCACCUAGCUGUGGUGCCCGGUAACGCGGUAGUGGUGCGCCUGGAGGACAAGUGCCGCGUUUACAAGUUCCUGGAGCGUGUGCAGAACGCAUUCGCCAACACCACGCAGGGUUUCUCCCUCUUCAGCUCAGCGGGGUACAGCCAGCCCGACGUCAUGUUCAGCGACUCGACCCAGAGGCUGCUGAGGGUGAUGGGGACCUACACGUCCUGGCUGGGGCCAAGCUACACCACAGUGCUCCAGGCGUUUGAGUGCGAAGGUCUGUGCUGAGGCAGUGGAGAACCCAUGCGCUCCCUCUCUCUCUUUCUCGCUCUCUCUCUCUCUCUCUCUCCCUCCCUCUCUCUCCCUCUCUCUCUCGCGCGCUUUCGCUCACUUUCCUACAGCUCCCAUAUUUCUCUCUCGCUCUCCCUCUCUUCUCUCUGCCGCGCGCACACCAUAGGUGUCAUCUCUGCCCCCUCCACCCUCCGUGCUUCACGGAGUCCCUCCUCUCUUCUCCUCUCUCCUCCAUCAACGCCAAACCGCGUCGCGCGCACGCCGACGCCGGACCUGACCUCUGCCGCCGGAGCCGCGGCUACGUGGUGACGGACGGACGGACGGCAGGAGAGGGAGCUCCCACCAACCAAGAAGGGAUCUAUUCUUUUGAGCCAAUUCCGUGUUAUAUUCCCUCUAAAUCCAUGCCAUCCGGCAGCUGUCUCAGGCCACAGACGGCCUGCUAGACCAGCAGUACCACUGCUGUCCACGGGAUGGCAGUCUAAUGAGUCUGAUUCAGCUCAAAGAGGACUUAAUAAUUAGCUCAUGCCUUGAAUUAGGUGGGUUAGUGUAGAAGACACUAAACUGUGCUGGCAGUGUGUCUCUAGGACUGGGAAGAGCAGUGCUAGAUCAGUAGAAGUAGUGAGGUUUAACCAAAAGCAAUGCUAGGAGGGAAGUGUCGGUGUAACAGUGGACUAGUUUAAAAUCCGAGUCUUUAAACUGGUAUCUAAUGACUUUAACAUGUUGACCGUAGAUUUUAAGAUGUCAUUCUCACUGUUUAAAAUCAAUAUUACACGCUUGAGCCUCUGAAGUGAACAGCUGCCAGGAAGAGUUGACUGAGCUUACGAUUUAAGGCUUAUACUUUAAGGCGUAGUGUUUAAGGGAAUUCUGAACUAAACUUUGCGUAGCACGCUACCCUGAUCUCUUCUUGAAACUGUUAUAACAACUCACCUUCUCUGUGGAUUAUGUUCUCCAUGGCAAGCACGGUCGUACUGUUCGGCUUCUGUGCAGAUAGAUUUCAACACAGGUGCUCCCAUGCGGCUGUUUUCCGGCUGUCUUCAGGAUAACACCAUAACGACUUGAACAGCGUUUCAUGUAAACAGGCAUGCGCCGCCGCCGUUUGUUCUGCGGGGCUACUUACAUGAAUCUGCACUUAUCAAUAAAAUGCUGACAAAAGA